UGUUCUUCCGUCUGACCGAAACGAGCCAGAGGGAGUAAUCGCCGGAGCAUCGCCAGAGUUCGUCGGAGGGAAACCUAGACGGAAUUCCGCGGUGCUCUUCAUCGACUUAACCAAGGAACGGCAAAAUCCACUAAAACACGUUGAUUGCGUCAAAAUGUUCGCUCACACAGGACUAGCAUAGAAUAGCUUAGAGUCAUUUAUUGUUAAAGAUAUUUGAAUGAUAUAUCUCUAAGCUCAAGCUAAACUUUGCACACACAUAAAAAAGAUUUUUACUUAGGUAUUUAUUUUUAAAAUACAUUUGGUAAAUAUUUUCGAAAACAUAUUUUUCAAAAUAUUUAACUAAAGUUAUAGCUCUUCUCAAUACGAGAUCGCCGGUUCUUGAAUUACUGAAUUCCGAUUAGAAUUGAAAAAGUUAUUAACAUUUUACCAAAUUUAUUUCAAAAUUGCGCACAAGGUUACGAACGGUCGAUGUGGUGAACCGUUACUACUGAACGGUCGACCGUCCUACUGACCGUUGGAGGAAUCUGAACGUUACCCCGAACAAUCGACCGUUUUGCCUGAAACGGUUGAUGUGAUGGAUCGUUCGGAGACCAGAUUUCUUAUUUCUUGUCUUUUUCAUCCCCAACGGUUGGAUUAUUUUAAUUAUGGCAUUAGGAGCUAAUUAUUCUUCUCUAACAACUAUUUUUCAAUUUCAAACAACUCCUAAUUCAUCUCUAUAAAUACCCAAACCAUUUAUAUGUUUUAAUUAAAAUCUCUUAAUUCUUUCUUCUUGUGUUCAUAAAAAUCUCUGAUUUUUUUAUUAGACUAUUAAGAGCCAUUUUUCAAUAUAUCUUCUUGACCACACAUUGAGCUUGAUCCAAAGAGAUAUACACUCAUAUCAUCUAUAAGAGAGUUGUAAUGCUAGAGUAUAUAGAUAUUAUCACACCAACCCGACUUUGUAAUUUAUAUUAUUGAGGGGGUGUUGAUUCAUUCAAAUUCUUAUAUCCUUGUAAUCGGUCGAAGAUAUCUGUUGCAAAAUCUUCAUUGAACGGUUGGAGAUAGCCGUGGUGAAAUCUCCGUAAGCGGUCAAGGACAUCCGUGAAAUCCUUGUUAAGACGGUUGGAGAUAGCCGUUGCAAAAUCUCUAGGUUGAAGACAUCCUGCAAAUCUUCGGUGCACGGUUGGGGAUAGCCAUUAGAAAAUCCUCAAAACUAGUUGGAUACUUCAAGGCGUGAAGUAUUGUCGAUCUAGUGUAAACCUAUUGGCAAAGGUUUGUUUGCCAAAAACUGGUUCCCUCGUGACGAUCAUGUUGAGACGGUCAAGGCGUUCUAGUGGAUUGAAAAUCCUUAAGGAGGAGCCUUAAGACAUCAUCUUCCAUGGCUCCCAAGAAGGACACCAACAAGCGCACAAUUGGUCCGGGUAAAAUUCUAAACCUACCGGAUUUCCCCCAAUUCAUUAUCUCGGUUCUUACGCUUCAAGGAUUGCUAGGAUUUAUUGCAAUAGAUGAAUUGGUGUAUAAUGAGCUUGUUUAUGAAUUCUAUGAUAACCUCUCUUGGGAAACUAAGGUUAAUGAAGAAGAAGAAGAAACUCCUUUUCUCAAAUCUAAGGUUAAGAACAAAACUAUAAACCUUGGAAUUAAGGAAAUUUGUGAAUGCUUUGAUAUUGUUGAUAACCGUGAUGGAUUUGAGACGUAUGAUAGACAUGGUUGGGGCAUCAAGGGUGAUACUCUAGCAAGUUGUGUUGAUAGGCUACACAAUGGAGUUGAACAUUCCGGAAUUGUUAGGCCUAAAAGAGAAUUUUUGAAUGUUAAUCAACAAAUUCUUUUGAAAAUCUUAAAAGAAUGUCUUUUGCCUACCGGAAGCAACGACUCCAUUGUUGGUAUGCUCGAGUGUGCCAUUGUCUAUCUCUUGGAAGUGGAAUCCCUCGUUAGGUUCCCUAUGAUGAUGAUGAACCAUAUGUGGAUUCACAAGGGUUAUGGACAACUUUCUUAUGGAAUGGCAUUGACUAAAGUGUUCCGAAGGGCCAAAAUCAAGCUUGAAAAAUACCAAGGAAGGAACUACGAGUACAAGAAGAUGGAUGCCACAAGUCUUCGACGGUCAAAGAUCUUUCAACACUUUGACGGAUUUCACACCGAAGCUUCUUACACCCGAAUCUCAGUAGAAGAGAGAAACUGAUGGAGACGUGAGCACAACUUAAGUAAAUUUGUAAGUUCUUCCUCUUCAAACCCCCGUCCGAGCAUUGAGGUUCCUCCACGUGCUUCUUCCAUGCCUCGCUCCCGUUCUACACACGCAAAAAUCGAUCCUUCAUUGAAGAAGUACAUGGAUGAGAAGAUAGCUCAAAUGGAGGAAAGCAUCACAAAGAAGGUAACCAAGUCCGUGACAAGGAAAAUCUUUGACUAAAUGAGAAAAUGGAUU